UAAUUGUUCUUCCGGUGGCAUAUUCUUUUUCCUUUUCUGCAAUCUCAUUAGCCGUACUAGAUACCAAUCAAACAAAAAUUCACUAUAAUUUAUUGGUUGAAAAACACAUCUUGACAUUGCCAUUGGUGCUUUACACAAAUGAAUUGCGUCGAACAAUCUUAGAUUACCUAUCACAUACGCAAAAUCGAUGCAGUUCAACGCAGGAAGUAUGCGAUAUAUCAAUGGUUCCAACUGAACAUCUACGUGUUCUAUGGAAACGUACAAAUCCAUUCUCAUCGAAUUAUAAAUUGGAUACAACUUGGCAACCGAAUACUGCGCUUCUAAAUGAAUUUGAUGUGCAAAUCGAGUGUUCUACAAGUAAGGUAUGCUCGGCAUUAUUGAACAGUAUCCAACAAAGUCCAAAAAUGUUGGAUGGUCUAGUUUUACAGUACAGUACACAGACAGAGAAGCACACAAGUAAAACAGUGACAAUUACGGGACAUCAUUUAAUGAAAACAAAGAUGUUUUCGGCAGUGAAACAGUUGCCGUCAGCAGCAGCCAACAAUCACGAACGCUAUUUACUUGUUGAUGAUAUAAAUCAACUUGCAACAGAACUUUUAACUACAAUGGAACUAGAAGAAAGAACAGAUUCCGAUUACAUUUCUCAACGUGAUCAAACCAUACUCAUCGAAUUACUAAAAUUAAGUUUAUUAAGAAAUAGUGUUGUAUUAGAUGGUCAGUGCUGGUUUUUCGCAUGGUCAAACAAAACCGAUAUUGAUGGCAGUUCUAAUGCUCAUGCAAAUCACUAUAGUCAUGAUUGGCGUGAUGCAUUAGGUACGUUCCAAGAUGAUUCGUAUCCGAAUAGCAAUGCGUCGAAAACUCUGCGAAUAACUGGUGAUGACAUGUCAAUUUAUAAUGCAGAUGCGUGGCGCCGUGCAGUAUCGGAAGGUCAACUAUCAUCGAUUGACAAUAGGAAUCUCGACAACAAUGCUCAAACAUUCGAUGAAUUAAGACAAAAGAAUUUUGAUUUUUAUAUGAAAAAUCGACAAUUUAUACAAUUUAAUGGUGAAAAAUUUAUUGUUAAACCGAAUGGCACUCAUUUGCCCAGAAUUGUGGUGCCCAGAAUCGGUCCCAGAAAAAAGUCCCUGAAUAGGGACCAUUCAAUAAUUAUGCCACUUCUGGCCACCAUUUAG